AGAUCCAGUUAAGAGCCCACAAUGGAAAGAUCAACCAUCGGCCAGUAUCUCUUCCUUUAGCUCUCCAACUCCAUUGGACGGCCAGAGAAGGCGUUUGGCAUCUUUGCUUGACAGAACGAGCUAAGCGUAACUCAAGAGAAAAGUUAGGUGAAAAAAUGGCAGCUUCAAUUUGGACUCUACAACUUCAUACAGUCUCAGUUCCGCUUCGAAUUCCACCUAAGGCAGUUGACUUCAGAACCGAUGAUUUGUUCAAUUAUGCAUUCCGAAGGUGUACAAGGAAGAGGACUUUCAAAAACAUUGACGUAGUUGCCUCGGGGGAUUCGUUUACCAAUGGUGAUGGCAAGAAUGCUAAGAAUCUUUCAGACCAAGUUAUGGUUGUCAAGUCCGAGAAGCGGAGUUUACCUGUUCUACUACAAGACACUGUUACCAAAUUACAAGAGAGCGUCAAAUCUCUCCCUCCCCCUACUCUCCUGCAGGUAAAGAAACAUUCUGGUGUUAGUUUAGCAAUUGGAUUAUCUACCGUGGUCAUCUUGCUGGUUAUUAUGAUGAGGAGUUAUGUUGCAAAAAGUUCACGACCCAAACGCCCUGGUUCUGUAGCUGAUCUUGUCAGGCGUGGGCAGUUAAGAUCUGAUAGAAGAGGCAUAUCAAAUCCUCUCAAAUAUGACGAUCCAUUCAAUAAUCCAUUAGUGAAAAUCAGCAAAAACAAUUCAAGUGUAGAGAUGUGUGGGAAAGUGUACCGUUUGGCACCAGUAACUCUUACCAAGGAGCAACAAGCUGUCCAUCAGAAACGGAGAUCACGUGCAUAUCAGUGGAAGAGACCAACAUUGUUUCUUAAAGAAGGUGAUUCAGUGCCUCCUGAUGUGGAUCCUGAUUCUAUCAGGUGGAUUCCUGCAAAUCAUCCUUUUGCAACUACUGCAAGUGAAAUUGAUGAGGAUCUGGCACAAACUAAUGUUUACCAGAAGCACGGUGUUCCUUUCCGUAUUCAGGCAGAACAUGAAGCUCUGCAGAGAAAGCUCGAAGCACUUCAAAGUGAGCAAAAACUUGGUGAACUAGUUAUAGAUCCUGGUGCUGCAAAAGAUUUUGAGAGGCCAUUCAAAACGCGUCUAAAGUCAGAGGAGCAGGCUGAGCAAGGCCCAAAUAACCGGCAAAUUGGCUCCAAAUUUUCUGAAUCAGAGAGUGCUCGCGAUUCCUUCGUCAACAAGCGUAGUUCUGAAGAAAUGGAGAAACCCUAGAUGGUUUCAAUACCGUUUUGUAAAUUCUGGCAGAAAUAGGGUAAGAGCUAUGGUUUGAAGUGAAGACCUGAUAGUUAUGUUUUGAGUCCUGACAAUUACUGGGUUCCAAGAGCUUCAAGAAUCAGAAAUGAGACUGUAAAUAGAAGUUUUGUUCUCUGCAGCCAAGUGUACCAAGUGUCUACCAAUUGUUUUAUCUUCUAUGGUAGACUUCUAUGUUGUAACAUUUGCCUAUUCCCAUCGACUCAGGUUUGAAACAUUUUCUGAACUAAUGGCAUAAUUUCCCUUUGAAAUUGGUGCAUAUUAAAAGGUUUUCUACUCA